CAAGGGCUAUAGAUGUAACUAGUUACGCGUAAGAACAUCAAAGAAAAUUUUGUCAUGGGAACCAGAGAACAUGAAUGUCUAAUUUCACAAGAAUCGUGAAAACACUAGGAAAAUUUUGAAAAUUUCAUGAGGAAGAUGUCAUUUUGUGAAGUUUGACAUUUAUUUUCUCGGGCUCUCAUACGAGAUUUUCUUUGGUGUUAUUGCACAUAACUAAUUACAUCUAAAGCUCUUGAAAAGUGUCAGAAAGAAUGCAAUAUUCUUUAAAAUAUUCUGGUACAAGGUUUUUGUCCACUGAAAAUUAAAAUUGCUCUAUUUCCUGACAGAUUCCGUGUUAAUUUUUUUCCCCACCUUCGCUGACGUUCGUUCUCGCUGGCUCGCGCUGGCGUCUCCGCCGCCAAAAUUUUUCUCGAAUUCGCAUAAGUGAUCGCCCUCGCAGGCUAUCACCUAAUAAACACCCAUUCUUGUUAAGGAGCUGCGGCAACUAAGACAGCGACGGCAACGGAAACGUGAAAGAAGGAUAGUUUUAGUUAGAAAACAUAACAACUUUGGUCGUGCAUCACGCUUUUCUGUCCAAUUUUAUGCCAACUCUGCACAACUUAGUUCUCUGAGAACGUAUACGGCAAAACAAUACAUUUUACUGUAUCUGUCUAAGUUUGGGCGUGGUCCCCUUUCUUCAGCCCUAUUAAAAUAAAUUUCCCAACUUUUAAAUAAAUGAACGAGUUGGAAUAAUCGCAGUCUCACACGCAGCUGUUCUUUCACGCCUCCUCUCCUCCUCCCUGUCUUUGGGGAGAAGCGUGCGUGACAAGACGAAGAACGGCUAUGUGGGACACCACCCUUAGAGCAGAGCAUCCUUUUGUUUCUUAAUGGAGGAAGAGAAAAGGAGGCUCUGUCAAAUUGCGUCAAACCUUUGAGGUCGAAACAGCCCGAACGUCUGGACUAGUCAAUCUUGUAGAGUCUUUUUCGAGUACACCAAGAUUGAGCAAGCGAAAGAAAGGUUCGGCUGACAGGGUGGUCGGACACUAGAAUAAUCGUUAUAUAAUUUGGAAAGAAGAGAAGUCAGUUUUUCAGUGGCGUAUAUGAGCUAGGCUGGCCUGGUUUGGUGGAUUGCCGAGGUGACUUUUGUCCGGAUAUUACUUGACGCGGCCAGCUUGGAGCCGCCAUGCUUAUAGAAUGCUUACAGCUAGAUUUAAAGCAGUGCGCAUGAGCAGUGUGUUGCUUGCUGUCUUCUUGCCUGUUUGGUUGACACGGAUGGCCCUGGGAGCAUGAUCACGAUUUCCAACCCGCGCGCUAUUUGCUUUUAACUAACGUGCGCAGAUGCCACUGAUGCCGGUCCAGCCCGGCUCAUGUCAUCAGGCCCUUAAAAUGUGAAUUUUCAUUACGACUAUUCCACUUCGUUCAGUUUGUUAAGGUGAAAUUUCUGGGGUUAAAUUCUUAAGGACCGUUUGCAAAUGUAGAAAAAGACAAACAAGAUCGUCAUAAAUAUACUAAAAAACGUGCUGCAGGUGCAGAAUCUGUUGUUUUUCUUACUACCCAUUGCUUUUUUUGUCUUUCAAAUCCCGUUGCCGUCGCCCUCGUAACACAAAUUAGAGCUCCACACUUACACCAAACUUUCGCUAAGACAAAAACCUUUAGAACCGGUAAAAAAUGUCCUGACAAAGAGAGGUAACUGUUUUUUAAAGAAGAAUCAAUGAAUUUAUGAAUGAAGGAUGGCAGAGAUCAACCCAGAUGUCAUUAGGGAGCCGGCUUUAGCAUCGACGACGGCGACGGCAGUGAAAACGUCACUUUUAAAGUGGAUUCGCGUUUUUUCAAACUUUGUGGCGUUUAUUCCAAAUUUCUGAAAAUGUUAAAUGUAGGCAAAUGUCCAGAAAUGAUUUCUUGGGGACCGUACUCAAAUUUAGAAAAAGAAUGAGAUAUUCCUAGUCGCUUGUUUACGUCCUCCAAAAAACGUGAAAUUGGGCAUUUUCACGCCGAAGUCGUGCAGUGACGUGCAAAGUUGUUUUUUCGCUAAUCAAACCUAUUGCUUUUUUGACGUUCUCGUUGCCGUCCCUGUCUUCAUUGCUAAAGCUCCCUAUUUUAUAGAAGUGUUCUUCUUUAAGACAGCUGUUAAUAGAAGAUUAAUUAUAUUUAUUGCAUUUUUUCGCAGUCCAUUAACUGUUUAUUUCUAUUUCUCCAUUUAGCUCAAGACAUUGAUGACAUCUUACAAGCAACAGUACGCAGCGAAUUUCAAUGUUAGUGAUCAAACUCCCCUGUGUAUGCCUCGAUGUUGUGCUUGCCAGCUUUGACCAAUCUUGACCCCAGAGCCCUUAGAAGCGUAAACACUGGUUUUGAGGACAUUACUCUCUGUGCUUUAAGUGAACGACACACGACAAAACGGAAGUUUGUUCAGCAGAUAUGCAAAAAAGACCAGAGGUUUUAACGUGAUACACAUUUCUCUACGGAAGUCUAAACCUAGAAAUAGGUGUAUUUUAGAACCUCACAGAACUCGUGGGGAGGGGCAUAAAAUGUCAGGGAUGGGAGGGCGGAAGAAAAUGGAGAAAAUUGUUUGACUGGGGAGGACAGGUUUCAAAACUGGCCCUUAAUUGGAGAGUGAGAUGUACUUAAUCUCCUUUUGGUUGGAGCCGGUAAAUUUGAACCCAGUGCUCUGUCUUUAAAAGGAUCUUCUGGGAUUUAAAUGGGGUUGCUGUUGUUAAGGAGGAGUAGCCAAUGUUGCAUAAGUACCGUGUUCACCCCAUUUGGCACUCCUACGUGUGUAAUUAUAGUCAAAAGGAAAUGUGUGAUAGUGGAAAACUGCAGGCUAUUAUGCAGUUGCGUUUUCUUAAUAAAAUCUACCCAAUGCCAUCUGU